GGUCCCCGCGCGAGCCGCCGCUGACAUCACGCGGCCUGCGGCGGCGGCGCCCCCGGCCCAGCCCCGAGCCCCCUCGGCAGAGGUGCCGCCGCGGUGCCGGGCGGAGGAUGGUGCGCGGCGCGCCGGGGGUCCCCCGUUGCCAGAGCCGCAGCGCCGCAGCCCAGCCGGACGCGGCGGGCAGCCGACCCCCGCAGCGGGCGCGGGGCGGGCGGCCGCGGUGAGGCGCGGAGGGCGGCGGGGCGCCAGGGCCGGCGGGGCUCCGCAGCGGCCAUGGGGGCCCUGACCAGCCGGCAGCACGCGGGCGUGGAGGAGGUGGACAUCCCGUCCAAUUCUGUGUACCGCUACCCGCCCAAGUCCGGCAGCUAUUUUGCCAGUCACUUCAUCAUGGGAGGAGAGAAAUUCGACUCAGCACAUCCUGAAGGUUACCUGUUUGGGGAGAACAGCGACCUGAACUUCCUGGGCAACAGACCAGUUGCGUUCCCAUAUGCUGCCCCGCCUCCCCAAGAACCUGUGAAGACUCUGAGAAGCCUGAUCAACAUCCGAAAGGACACACUGAGACUUGUCAGGUGUGCCGAGGAGGUGAAGAGUCCUGGAGAAGAGGCCAGCAAAGCUAGAGUCCACUACAACGUUGAGUUCACCUUCGAUGCCGAUGCCCGUGUGGCCAUCACCAUCUAUUACCAGGCCACGGAGGAGUUCCAGAAUGGCAUUGCCAGCUACAUUCCAAAAGAUGACAGCCUGCAGUCGGAGACCGUGUACUACAAGCGAGGGGUGUGCCAGCAGUUCUGCCUGCCCUCCCACACCGUGGACCCCUCGGAGUGGGCUGAAGAGGAGCUUGGCUUUGACCUGGACCGAGAGGUCUAUCCUGUGGUGGUCCAUGCUGUGGUUGAUGAAGGAGAUGAGUACUUUGGCCAUUGCCAUGUCCUACUGGGUACUUUUGAAAAGCACACAGAUGGGACUUUCUGCGUCAAACCCCUCAAACAGAAACAAGUGGUAGAUGGGGUCAGCUACCUUCUUCAGGAGAUCUAUGGAAUUGAAAACAAGUACAACACACAAGAUUCUAAGGUGGCUGAGGACGAAGUGAGCGAUAACAGUGCCGAGUGUGUGGUGUGUCUCUCGGAUGUCCGGGACACCUUGAUCCUGCCCUGCCGCCACCUCUGCCUCUGUAACACCUGUGCAGACACCCUGCGCUACCAGGCCAACAACUGCCCCAUCUGUCGGCUGCCCUUCCGGGCCCUGCUUCAGAUCAGAGCCAUGAGGAAAAAAUUGGGUCCCUUGUCCCCAACCAGCUUUAACCCCAUCAUUUCUUCCCAGACAUCUGACUCUGAAGAGCAUUCAUCCUCAGAGAAUGUUCCACCAGGUUACGAAGUGGUGUCUCUUCUGGAGGCCCUCAAUGGGCCCCUCACCCCAUCCCCAGCAGUCCCCCCACUUCAUGUGCUUGGAGAUGGCCACCUUUCAGGGAUGCUGCCUUCUUAUGGUAGUGAUGGCCACCUGCCCCCUGUCAGGACACUCUCCCCACUGGACCGCCUAUCCGACUGCAGCAGCCAAGGACUCAAGCUCAAAAGGAGUCUCUCCAAGUCUAUUUCUCAGAAUUCUUCUGUGCUGCAUGAAGAGGAAGAUGAGCGCUCUUGCAGCGAGUCAGAGACUCAGCUCUCUCAGAGACUGUCAGCCCAGCACCUUGGAGAGGAAUGUGCUGUCACUCCAGAAAGUGAGAAUCUCACUCUGUCAUCAUCGGGGGCUGUUGACCAGUCAUCUUGCACAGGGACACCACUCUCUUCCACCAUCUCCUCCCCCGAAGACCCUGCCAGCAGCAGCCUGGCCCAGUCAGUCAUGUCGAUGGCAUCCUCCCAGAUCAGCACAGACACAGUCUCCUCCAUGUCUGGCUCCUACAUCGCUCCUGGCACUGAAGAGGAGGGAGGAGCCCUUCCUUCCCCCCGGGCCGCCAGCAGGGUUCCCUCAGAAGAAGGAGAGGGGAUGCCAGCAGAGUCUCCAGAUAGCAAUUUUGCUGGCCUCCCAGCUGGAGAGCAGGAUGCAGAGGGAAAUGACGUCAUAGAGGAAGAGGAUAGAUCUCCAAUGCAAGAAGAUGGUAAAAGAGCUGGCCAGAGGACAUGCGCCUUUCUAGGUAUGGAGUGUGACAAUAACAAUGACUUUGACAUCGCAAGCGUGAAAGCACUGGACAAUAAGCUGUGCUCUGAGGUCUGCUUACCCGAUACCUGGCAGUCAGAUGACAACGUGGUCAGCCGUCUGAACACCCAGCACCGGCGCUUAUCCUCUGGCAGCCUGGAGGACCCCGAGAACAGAGCCUGCAUUUGGGGUCCUUUGGCUGUCUGAGAGCACCUGCCCAGUACCUGGGCCCCCAUCCUUGCAUUCCGUCCAUCCUCACUGGACCACUGGCCUCCCAGGCGUGCUCAGCAACUCAGUGUGGACUUUGAUAUUCACAUGAAAGCUAGAUGUGGAGUUCAAGCCACUCCUCCCACUACUCAUCUACUGGUACCAUGAUCCUUCCUCUUACAAAGGACAGGAAGCCCUCCUUUCUCCUCCUGAGCUGAUGCCACUCAGUGAACUGCAGAACUGCAGCUCCAACCCAUGAGACCCUUUGCAGAGACUGGACUGCAUCUGCUAUACCUGAUCAGCAGGUGGAGCCAAGAGCCUGGGGUUACUUGUUCUGCAUCUUUUUCUCCUUUCAUGGGGUAGACUAAGCCGACUCAGUGUUGGCAACUUUGUUACCAACACCCAUCUGGUAGUUUCUAGUCUCUGGAACCUCAUAGCCAAGGGUGGUUGGGGGAUGGCUGCUGCAAGGAGGGAGGCCAUCUUGCACUGUAUGUGGUUUCCCUCACAAAGCAUUAGGAGCACUUUCUCAAGGAUGAGGGAGAUGGUGGCAUCCAGAGGCUGGUUAAAAAACCAGGUCUUCCUUCUGGUAGCAGAGUUGGUCUGCAUCUCAUGUGCCUGUCUGCUUCAGAAGGAGCCCUGAAUCUGAGAGCCUAGUGAUGAUCACCCUUCAAGAAGCCUUCUGAUCAGGUGGGGAGGCCCGGGACUCUACCAGAGGUGACAUUUCAAGAAGCGUACCUCUGGACCACCUCUGUAUGCAGAGUGCUGGGACUGUUGUACGUUACCAUAUUUUGUCUUCACUACGGCCUCUUGCCCCCAUCUCCACCCCUUUUUUUUAAUAGUUGGAGAAAUAGACUGAGAGAGAUGGACCAGUGGUUCUCAAAGUGGUGCCGAGGAUCACCAAAGGAAAUGGUGGAGAGCCUUGAGCUAAGACCAGGCUGUGACCUGGGAGCCAGUGUUGGGGCUUCACUUCCAGGACCCUCCCCAUCCUCUGUUUUCCUCUGCUGUCUAGACUUCUGAGCAUGAUAGGUGAAGGGGAGGCUAAUUGGCGAUUUAGAGAUGACUAUUCUAAUCAGCACAGAGAGCCUGCCAGUGAGGCUGGCCCAGAAGCAGUUGGGUGUCACACCUUUCUCAUCCUAGUGGACUCUUAAAUACAUGCCUAGAUGCCUUGUCCACUGGUUUUUGGAAUAGGGGGUUGUUUAGUGGGAUGUGGUAUUGUUUGGGAAAAGUUGUUAGAAACAAAUAUUUGUGAAGAUGAGAUGUGGGAGAGCCUUAGGCUGUGCCACUGGGACAGGUUGUCUUAGGAUUUGCAGUUGUUACCCUAGAAGAGCCUUCAAAAAGAAAAGAAAUCCCAGUGCCCAGUGUGUCCUUUGCACCUUCUCUGUGGCUGCAGAGUCAAGGAGUAUGAUGACUGUUUCAGGUCCUGAUGUGCAUCUGCCCUCUGAAUACUGCAGUGGACCCUGCUGCUCUGUACUACAACUAAUGUCCCUUCCUGCAGCAUUCCGACAGCCCCUUUCAUACUUAAGAUUUAAGCCAAUAUAAGUUGAGCAAUAACCCCACCUCAGAUUUCUGUGAAGCAUGAGCCCCAGAAUUAGCAGCAACAGGGAACUUCCCUUAGCCUGAGGUGGGGCGCACAGAACCCCCUCCUCUCAGGGCCAGCAGAAGUUGCAGUGUGACCUGGGAGGAUGAGGCAAGUAGCUGAGAUGCAGGAGAUUCAGGUGAACAGAGUGGCCAGUGGAAGCCAUUACUGGCAGCCCUUCCCAGAGUGUCCUUGUCCCUCAAAGCAAGUGUUUGUUCCUCUCCUAGGAAGACCUCAGUUCUGUACAGAGACACCCAUAGGUUAGACUGCCCUUUACUCGGUUGCUCAGUUCCUGUUUUCUCCCCACCCACAGCUUUGUUCUCAUUUCUUGGCAAGCAGAAACAGCCUGAAGGGGUAGGCCUCAUUGGGGACAGGUCAGCUGCCACCCUCCUGCCCUAAUCAUCAUCUGGUGAGACAGUCACAUUGUCAGCAUUUGCCCAGAGUGGAAUAGGGCCUGGCUUCUCCCUGAAGACACCGAAUAACUUGGGGGGGGGGGGGGGUGGCUCCUUGGAGCUACACUAGGUCUACAUUCUCCAUGCCCUGGGGUGCUUUGGUGAUCCUGGUUUCCUCACAGAGCUUUUUUGCCUUCUACCCAAAUCCAUCCCACCAGUUUAUACCCCCCAGUGGGGCAACUCCUGGGCACAGACCCAAACACUAAGCUGUCUCACCUGGGAAUUAGGUCCUCUCCACCUGCAGGCAUUCCAGUUGCUCACUUUGCUUUAGGGCCUGCACACCUGGUGUGUGCAAGUGUGUGUGUGUGUGUGUGUGUGUGUGUGUGUGAUGCUGUUGGUGCCAUCUGUGUACCCCCUCUCACUCUGGAGUACACUUGUGGGCACACUUCAGUGGGGACAUCAAGAAUGCAAUAUUUAUGGAUUGCUGCAUGAUUUUAAAAAUGAAUAAAACUGUUUACAAGGAGAGGAGAGCUGUUAUCUACCAAGU